AAGGACGUGUUCAGAAUAUGUCGCGCUCAGCAUCGAGUAAGCUGAGAGCAGCCGUAAGCCCUACUGCAAGACGAGAGCGACGGCAGAGGAAGAGGGAGCGGAAAUAUCUUCAGUCACUCGAAGACAAGAAGAAAAGGCAGGAAGAGGCGAUCAAGCGAUUGAAUCAUGAUGUGGAGGUGAUCAUAGAACUUACUGCACAGAAUGUGGAGAGUGUCAUGGACAGAGGAGAGAGCUUGGAUGCUUUGGAAGGAAAAGCAGAUCGGCUGGAAGAAUCUUCUGAAGAGUUCAAAAGGCAGACAGAGAAGAUUCGACGGCGGAUGUGUGUGAACAAUGUGAAGGCUUGCUUUGCACUGAUCCUGGCGAUUAUAUUCCUGAUUGCUGUGCUUAUAGGCGUUGGAGUGUUUCUGUGGAAGAAAUCGGAGGUAGUGACUAACCCGUCGGCUGGGAAUAUUGUUGGUGCUGCCAUACCUGGAGUUGACUCCAUACUGCCCAACACCAACCUUCCCGGCCUUGGUGGAAUUCUGCCCAGCUCUAACCGCCUGAACCUUGGUGAUGUUGUGCCCAAUGUCAACCUACCCAACCUUGGUGACAUUGUGGAGAACGCCAACCUUCCCAACCUUGGUGACAUUGUGGAGAACGCCAACCUUCCCAUUCUUGGUGACAUUGUACCCGACAUCAGAGUUCCGAACCUUGAUGACGUUCUGUCUGAUGUUGGGUCCAGCAUUCCUAACCCAACUGAACUGAUACCUGCUUUCUGAGACCAAGCAUGCUAUGCAACUUACAUCUUGAUAGUGUCUGUGAUUUAACUAUAGCCUGUGCUAAUGCUUAUGUAAGAUGUCUCUGUAUCAACACCGCGUACGUUGCUGGCUCUUGAACUCUGACUCUGAGUCACAUAUCACAGAGUAGCAUUUUAAAAACUUCAAAUGACUAACCCACAUAAUUAUUGAUAUUGAAACGUUCUCCCUCCUAGAUCAUUCCGUCCCCUAGUCUUUCUCUCAUACGCUCUCUCAAAUUUUCUUUCUCCAGUGCAUGAUAUCUAUCAUUCAUUGGCUUUGAAAAACUUGAAUAUGCUUGUAAUUUAUGCUGAUAGUCACAAUAAUAAUAUUAUGUACAUGACCCCGUUGUCGAACAACACGUCGUGGCACAAUCCUAUAAUUAUUAUGCAUUUUCAUGGCAAUGAGCCAGAUCAA